CCAGAGAGAGGGAUCAAGAAGAGACAGAGGUAGAAAAGAGCAAAAGAGUAGAGGGACUAUCUCUUUCCUUUCCUUGACACCACCAGUGCAACCCACACACCCAUUUCCCCCCCAGCGGGACUAAGCGUGGGGAGGGAGGUCCGGGACCUCGGUGCGGCACACACACUCAUACACAGACUACACAAAAACACACCCUCUGUGAUCACAGUGGUGUUGGAGCGCGCACUGACAGAGAGGAUCAGAGAGCCGUCGGACGCGCACACACUCCUCCGAGAUCGCAAAACACGCAGGCGAGUCAGAAAGCAAGAGGGAGAGAAGGAACGAAAGAAAGAAAGAGGGGGGAGCGGCUAAGAAAAAGUUGAGCAGACUCCACCCAGAAAAAAAAUCCAGCGAACCGAGAGGCGGCAGAAACCAUAAAAAUGAGUGGUUCCCACCCCCGUCUCCACCAGAGCGCCGCGCCCGCUCCAAACACUCUCGCCACGGACAAGGACGCAGAAAUGCCCGCUACGGAGAAAGACCUGGCCGAGGAUGCGCCCUGGAAGAAGAUCCAGCAGAACACCUUCACCCGCUGGUGUAACGAGCACCUGAAAUGUGUCAACAAGCGGAUCGGCAACUUGCAGACGGACCUGAGCGACGGGCUGCGGCUCAUCGGGCUCCUGGAGGUCUUGUCUCAGAAGAAAAUGUUCAGAAAGUACAACCAGAGGCCCACCUUCCGCCAGAUGCAGCUGGAGAACGUGUCCGUGGCUCUGGAGUUCCUGGACAAGGAGAACAUCAAGCUGGUGUCCAUAGACUCUAAAGCCAUAGUGGAUGGAAACCUCAAGCUGAUCCUGGGUCUGAUAUGGACCUUGAUCCUGCACUACUCCAUCUCCAUGCCCAUGUGGGAUGAGGAGGAAGAAGGGGAUGAUGGCAAGCAGAAGACGCCCAAGCAGAGGCUGCUGGGAUGGAUCCAGAACAAGCUGCCCGAGCUUCCAAUCACCAACUUCAACAGGGAUUGGCAGACCGGUCGCGCCCUGGGUGCCCUGGUCGACAGCUGUGCUCCAGGUCUGUGUCCUGACUGGGACCAGUGGGAUCAAAAGAAACCGGUGGACAACGCCCGCGAGGCCAUGCAGCAAGCUGACGACUGGCUGGGUAUCCCACAGGUCAUAACACCUGAGGAGAUUGUCGACCCCAACGUUGACGAGCAUUCAGUCAUGACCUACCUGUCCCAGUUCCCCAAAGCAAAACUGAAGCCUGGUGCCCCCCUCAGACCCAAACUCAACCCCAAGAAGGCCCGUGCUUACGGACCAGGCGUUGAGCCCGUUGGUAAUGUGGUGAUGAAGAAGGCUGUGUUCACUGUUGAGACCAUCAGUGCAGGAAUGGGCGAGGUUCUGGUUUAUGUGGAGGACCCUGCAGGACACAGAGAAGAGGCUAAAGUGACGGCCAACAAUGAUAAGAACCGCACCUAUUCUGUCUACUAUGUUCCCAAAGUCACAGGCAUGCACAAGGUGACGGUGCUGUUUGCAGGACAGCACAUCCACAAGAGCCCCUUUGAGGUGGAGGUCGGCAUGGCUCAAGGAGACUCCAGCAAGGCCACGGCCCAGGGUCCAGGCCUGGAACCUGCAGGAAACAUCGCCAACAAGACCACUUACUUCGACGUCUACACAGCAGGUGCUGGUAUUGGCGAAGUGGAGGUGGUCAUCAUGGACCCCGCUGGCAAGAAGAACACGGUGCCCUGCACCAUCGAGGAUAAGGGCAACAGCAGCUACCGUUGCACCUACAAACCCACCCAGGAAGGCCAGCACAUCAUCAACGUCACCUUCGCUGGUGGUCAGAUCAGCAAGAGUCCCUUCACGGUCAACGUGGGAGAGGCGUGUAAUCCCAGCCUCUGCAGAGCGAAGGGUCGCGGUCUGCAGCCCAAAGGCCUGAGGGUGAAGGAGACUGCAGAUUUUAAGGUUUACACCAAAGGAGCCGGCACAGGAGAGCUCAAAGUCUCCAUCAAGGGCCCCAAGGGUCUUGAGGAGCCCUGUAAACGUAAAGACCUUGGAGACGGCGUGUUUGGAUUUGAGUAUUACCCCACCACACCUGGAACAUACACCAUCACCAUCACUUGGGGAGGACAGCACAUCCCGCGCAGUCCCAUUGAGGUAAAGAUUGGUGGUGAGGCUGGCCCCCAGAAGGUGAGGGCCUGGGGUCCCGGCCUGGAAGGAGGCGUCGUCGGUAAAUCUGCUGACUUCGUGGUGGAGGCUGUUGGAGACGACGUUGGUACUCUGGGUUUCUCUGUGGAAGGUCCGUCUCAGGCCAAAAUCGAAUGCGACGACAAGGGCGACGGAUCGUGCGACGUGCGCUACUGGCCCACAGAGCCUGGAGAGUACGCCGUGCAUGUGCUGUGCAACAGCGAAGACAUCCAGCACUCUCCCUUCAUGGCUGAGAUUGUCAACCCACCAGGGAAGGACUUCUACCCCGACAAGGUUAAGGCGUAUGGUCCAGGCCUUCAGAGCAGCGGUCUGGCUGUCGGAAAGCCCACAGAGUUCACAGUCGAUGCCAAGCAAGGAGGAAAAGCUCCUCUCAAGAUUUCAGCUCAGGAUGGAGAAGGCAACCCUGUGGAUGUCCAGGUUAAGGAUAAUGGCAAUGGCACAUACACCUGCACUUACACCCCACGUAAGCCGGUGAAACACACCGUCAUGGUGUCUUGGGGAGGAGUCAACAUCCCUGAGAGCCCGUUCAGGAUGAACAUCGGAGCAGGCUGCCAUCCAAACAAGGUGAAGGUGUCUGGACCUGGAGUGGCCAAGACUGGCCUCAAGGCCUUUGAACCAACGUACUUCACCGUCGACUGCGCAGAGGCCGGUCAAGGUGACAUCAGCAUUGGAAUCAAGUGCGCCCCUGGAGUCGUGGGACCCGCUGAGGCCGACAUCGACUUUGACAUCAUUAGAAAUGAUAACGACACAUUCACGGUCAAAUACACUCCUCCAGGAGCAGGAAGCUACACCAUCAUGGUGCUGUUUGCUGACCAGGCUAUACCAAUGACACCCAUCAGGGUCAAAGUGGAUCCUUCUCAUGAUGCCAGCAAAGUCAAGGCAGAGGGACCAGGACUAAGUCGCACUGGAGUUGAAAUGAACAAGCCCACCCAUUUCACCGUGAACACUAAAGGAGCAGGAAAGGCCAACCUCAACUGCAACUUCAGCGGCCCGACCAAAGGAGAGGCCGUCAAGGACUUUGAAAUCAUCAACAACCACGACAACACACACACUGUGAAAUACACACCUGUACAGCAGGGCACUCUGGGUGUUGCUGUGACCUACGGUGGAGAUAACAUUCCAAAGAGCCCCUUCAGUCUUCCCGUGGCGCCCUCAGUGGACCUCAGCAAAGUCAACGUCACAGGCCUGGGAGACAAGAUGACUGUGGGCAAAGACCAGGAAGUGACCGUCAAAUCUAAGGGUGCCGGCGGUCAGGGCAAGGUUGGAGCCAAGGUGACGGGACCAUCUGGGAAGCCAGUGGCCAGCAAGGUUGAGCCAGGGCUGAGCCCAGAGACCAGUCAGGUGAAGUUCAUCCCCAGAGAAGCGGGGCCAUACCAGGUUGAACUGACCUACGAUGGAAUCCCAAUUCCUGGAUCACCCUUCAACCCCACCGCCUAUCCUACAUCAGACCCCUCCAAGGUUCGUUGCUCUGGCCCAGGCCUGGAGCGCGCCAAGGUCGGGGAGACGGGGGAGUUCAUCGUGGACUGCACCAACGCCGGCCCGGCUGAGCUGACCAUCGAGAUCAUCUCGGACAGCGGCACGGAGGCCGAGGUCCACAUACAGGACAAUGGAGACGGGACCUACACCAUCACCUACAUCCCUCUCUACCCUGGCUCUUACACGCUCACCAUCCGCUACGGUGGCCAGGAUGUGCCAAACUUCCCCGCUCGACUCAACGUGGAGCCUGCGGUCGACGCCAGUGGAGUCGUCGUGUUUGGCCCUGGAGUGGAGGGCAAAGGAGUUUUCCGCGAGGCAACCACAGACUUCACCGUGGACGCUCGCGCUCUCACGCAGACCGGAGGCGACCACAUCAAAACCCUCAUCAGCAACCCGUCCGGUGCCCGAACGGACGCCCUGAUCACCGACCGCGGAGAUGGAAUCUACAACGUGGAGUACACUCCCUACGAGGAGGGUCCACACAGCGUGGAGGUUUGCUACGACGGCUCUCCGGUACCGAAGAGUCCGUUCCGUGUCGGCGUCACCGAAGGCUGUGAUCCGGCUCGUGUUCGCGUGCACGGCCCUGGUCUGAAAAGCGGCAUCACCAACAAGCCCAACAAGUUCACAGUGGAAACCAGAGGAGCAGGUACAGGUGGUCUUGGUCUGGCAAUGGAAGGUCCAUCAGAGGCCAAAAUGUCCUGCACUGAUAACAAGGAUGGUAGCUGCAGUGUGGAGUACAUCCCAUACGAGCCUGGCACGUACAACCUCAACGUCACCUACGGAGGACAGCCCAUCAAGGGUAGUCCAUUCUCUGUGCCCGUCAGCGACACCGUGGACAGCACUAAGGUGAAGUGCCAGGGCCCAGGCCUGAGCAACAACGUCAGAGCCAACAUCCCUCAGGCGUUCACAGUGGACGCCUCCAAGGCCGGAGUCGCCCCGCUGCAGGUCCGCGUGCAGGGGCCCAAAGGUGUGGUGGAGCCUGUGGAAGUGGUGGAUAACGGUGACCAGACUCACACCGUGAACUACGUUCCCACCAGAGAGGGACCCUAUUCCAUUAAUGUAUUGUACGCUGAUGAGGAGAUCCCACGCAGCCCCUACAAGGUAAAGGUGCUCCCCACCCAUGAUGCCAGCAAGGUGCGAGCAAGCGGACCCGGCCUUAACACCACCGGGGUUCCCGCCUCUCUGCCCGUCGAGUUCACCAUCGACGCCAAAGACGCUGGCGAGGGGCUCCUGGCAGUGCAGAUCACCGACCCAGAGGGCAAGCCCAAGAAGGCCAACAUUCGCGACAACCACGACGGGACCUACCUGGUGUCUUACGUGCCAGACAUGACUGGUAGAUACACCAUCCUCAUUAAGUACGGAGGGGACGAGAUCCCUUAUUCACCGUACCGCAUCAGGGCUCUUCCCACCGGAGAUGCAAGCAAGUGCACCGUCACAGUCUCAAUCGGCGGUCACGGUUUAGGCGCAGGUGUCGGCCCGACCAUCCAGAUUGGCGAGCAGACGGUCAUCACGGUGGAUGCCAAGGCCGCCGGAAAAGGCAAGGUGACGUGCAGCGUGUGCACGCCCGAGGGCGCGGAGCUCGACGUGGACGUUGUCGAAAACGAGGACGGCACGUUCGACAUCUUCUACACGGCGCCGCAGCCUGGCGAGUAUGUGAUCUGCGUCCGCUUCGGAGGGGAGCACAUCCCUAACAGUCCGUUCCAAGUCACGGCGCUGGAAGGAGCUCCAUCAGACCAGCUCAUGCAGCAGAGCCAAAUGCCCCAGUACUACGCUCAACAGCCCUGGGCGACAGACCGACCAAUGGGAAUGAAUGGUCUGGACGUGGCAGGGCUGAGACCGUUCGACCUGGUCAUCCCCUUCACGAUCCAGAAAGGAGAGAUCACGGGUGAGGUCCGAAUGCCAUCGGGCAAGGUGGCCAAGCCUGACAUCACCGACAACAAGGAUGGCACCGUUACUGUCAAGUAUGCUCCCACAGAGGCCGGUCUGCAUGAGAUGGAUAUCAAAUACGAUGGACUCCACAUCCCCGGAAGUCCUCUACAGUUCUACGUGGACUACAUGAACAGUGGUAAUGUCAGUGCCUAUGGCCCUGGCCUCAUCCAUGGGACCGUCAACAAGCCUGCUGUCUUCACCGUUAACACCAAAGAUGCCGGAGAGGGUGGUCUGUCUCUGGCCAUUGAGGGUCCAUCCAAGGCGGACAUCAGCUGUGUGGACAACCAGGAUGGAACCUGCACCGUGUCCUAUCUGCCAGUCUUGCCAGGAGACUACAGCAUCCUGGUCAAAUAUAAUGACAAGCACAUCCCAGGCAGUCCCUUCUCUGCUAGGAUAACUGGUGAUGACUCCAUGAGAAUGUCCCAUCUGAAGGUGGGCUCGGCUGCCGAUAUCCCCCUGGACAUCGGAGAGCUGGACCUCAGCCAGCUGACCGCUUCCCUCACCACUCCCUCGGGCCGCGAAGAGCCAUGCCUGCUGAAGAUGCUGCGUAACGGACACGUUGGCAUCUCGUUUGUCCCGAAGGAGAUCGGAGAGCACCUGGUGAACAUCAAGAAGAACGGCCGUCACAUCCCCAGCAGCCCCAUCGCCGUCAUGAUCAACCAAUCAGAAAUCGGCGACGCCAGCCGCGUGCGUGUGAGCGGUCAGGGCCUGAGCGAGGCCAGGACUUUCGAGCCUGCUGAGUUCAUCAUCGACACUCGUGAUGCAGGCUAUGGUGGCCUGAGUCUGUCUAUUGAAGGACCUAGUAAAGUUGACAUCAACACUGAGGACCAGGAGGACGGCACCUGCAAGGUGACCUAUUGCCCCACUGAACCAGGAAAUUACAUUAUCAACAUCAAGUUCGCAGACCAGCAUGUGCCAGGGAGUGCGUUCACGGUGAAGGUAACAGGCGAGGGCAGGAUGAAGGAGAGCAUCACCAGGAAGAGAAGAGCAGCGUCCGUCGCCAACGUUGGCAGCCAGUGUGACCUCAGCCUGAAGAUCCCAGAGAUCAGCAUAGCAGACAUGACGGCUCAGGUGACCAGCCCGUCCGGUCAGGUCCACAAGGCUGACAUCAUGGAGGGAGAGAACAACACCUACUGCAUCCGAUUUGUCCCCACCGAGACGGGGGUCCACACGGUGUGCGUCAAAUACAACGGCAUACACGUGCCCGGCAGCCCGUUCCAGUUCACCGUCGGCCCCCUGGGAGAAGGUGGCGCUCAUAAGGUUCGCGCUGGAGGUCCAGGUCUGGAGAGAGCUGAGGCUGGAGUGCCAGCCGAGUUCAGCAUCUGGACAAGGGAGGCUGGAGCCGGAGGUCUCAGUAUUGCCGUGGAGGGGCCGAGCAAGGCUGAAAUCACCUUCGAGGACCGCAAAGAUGGCUCCAGCGGAGUGUCCUAUAUCGUGCAGGAGCCUGGGGACUACGAGGUGUCGAUCCGUUUCAACGACGAGCACAUCCCCGACAGCCCCUUCAUCGUGCCCGUGGCCUCGCCGUCGGACGACGCCCGUCGCCUCACUGUUGCCAGUCUUCAGGAGUCAGGUCUGAAGGUGAACCAGCCAGCGUCAUUCGCCGUCAGCCUCAACGGGGCGAAGGGUGUGAUUGAUGCAAAGGUCCACAGCCCGUCUGGAGCUCUGGAGGAGUGCUGUGUCACCGAGAUCGAUCAAGAUAAGUAUGCAGUCCGGUUCAUCCCCAGAGAGAACGGCCUCUAUCUGAUUGAUGUGAAGUUCAACGGAAGUCACAUCCCUGGUAGUCCGUUUAAGAUCCGAGUUGGGGAGACGGGCCAGGCCGGAGAUCCUGGGAUGGUGUCUGCAUAUGGACCAGGACUGGAGGGAGGCUCCACAGGAAGUCCAUGUGAAUUCGUGGUGAACACGAGCAACGCGGGUCCCGGGGCUUUAGCUGUGACUAUCGACGGGCCCUCCAAGGUGAAGAUGGACUGUGUGGAGUGCCCCGAGGGCUACAGGGUCACAUACACCCCAAUGGCCCCUGGCAACUAUCUAAUCUCCAUCAAAUACGGCGGCCCCUACCACAUCGGUGGAAGUCCCUUCAAGGCCAAGAUCACUGGUUCCAAGCUCGUGUCCAGCCACAGCAUGCAUGAAACCUCCUCCGUCACGGUCGACCCUGUGACCCGUGCCAUCAGCUGUUCUCAGCAGGGUGCACCCGCCCUGUCUGACGCCAGCAAGGUGGUGGCUAAGGGGGUGGGCCUGAACAAGGGCUACAUCGGUCAGAAGAACAACUUCAGCGUCGACUGCAGCAAAGCAGGUCGUAACAUGCUCCUAGUCGGUGUGGACGGUCCCAAGGUCCCCUGUGAAGAGAUUCUAGUGAAGCAUAUGGGAAGCCGCAUCUACAACGUCAGCUACCAGCUCAAAGAGAAGGGAGAGUACAUCCUGGUGGUCAAGUGGGGGGACGACCACAUCCCCGGCAGCCCCUACCACAUCACUGUCUAAAAACUACAGCUCUGCAAUUAGAAACGUAUACCACUGUUUAAAAAAGAAAAAAAAACACACACACACAACUGAAAUCCUGUCUCGAUUCUAACCUAUCAUUGUUUACAGCUCCAAGUUCCUCCCCAUGUUGCAAAUUCUUAUUAUUAUUGUUAUUCUAUAGCUCAUUUCAGCUGGAAUAAAAAACCCUGUCAGUGUUUAGCCUUAGCCAGAAUUCAGUUUUAGUGAAUAUUUUUAAACCCACCAUCAUCACUGUAAUCCUGUGUCUUAAGAGGAAUGCACUGAAAAUUCCUCUUCCUAUGUAUGGUCUUCCACUUUAUUACUCGUUUUCGUUCUUCUGCUGAUCACAUACUUCAGUCAACUUAGGGAGGAGAAAUAUGCACCUUUUUAUUACUGCAAGCUAGCAGUCAAAUGUGCCUUAGGCCAUUUUACAUUUUUCAGCCAUAUGUGAACAUUAGUGGGUUCAUCUAGUGAACUAGUGUAGCGUGACUAGCUUAGCAUAGCGUAAGGAGCAGUACAUUUAGGCCCCAUGCUUUGGAUGGAAGGUUACUGUUUACACUGGAGGAGCUACUCUUGCAUAGAUACAGUAAAUAAUGGAUUCAGUUUUCUAUGAGCUUCUGUAUGAACAAAACACAGGACUUGGACCAAAUCGUGUCAGGAGUAAAGAGCCUUCCUGAUGUUUUGGUUUCUGUGUUAAAGAAAAAAAAAUAAUAAUGAUGUUGACAUACCUUGAUGUAAGGCCUUUAAUUGUCCAUAUAAAAUCAGCUUGUCUAAUACAGGGCUAGUCGUUGUUGUAGUGUGGACUCCCAUUAAAUGCUUGACUCUCCAGCAGCGUGUGGUGUUCAUGAUGCUCUUUUACUAACCCUUUUUUUUUUUUUUUUUUUUUAAUUAUUAAUUUUUUUUUACCUGCUGGUAUUGUGAACCAGUUUUCGACACUGCUGUUCCUAGUAGUAGGGUAGUAUUUAGAAUUAAUAGGAGCGACAUAUGUGAAAGAAAAAAAAAAAAGAAGAGAGAGGAUGCAUUUCACAGUAGCUUAAGGCACAGUUUGUUUUGCAUGUGCUCUCCGUCGACACCGCUGCCAGGAAACGCUGCUUUCCGUGUUUUGUUGUUGUUGUUUUUCUUCCAACGUGUGACACCAACAUGUGCUCUUUUUAGAUACAGAAAGGCUCUUAGUUCAGAAGAACAUCAGCACGACAUGCGUGGGCGUUCUUGUUUUCUGAUAAAAGGCUUAAAAAAGGGAAGUUUCUCAUGUUGUGCUGCAUGGAAGGGUUGAAAAUGAUGGUCUUGAUGAUGAUGAUGAUGAGAAGGAGGAGGAGGAGGAAGAUGUAGUUGUUCAUCAUGUCUUUAAAACUUGAUGACCAAAAACAAAAGAGGACAGAAGCUUUGUCUCUCACCGCCUCUCUCCUUUCAGUCCGUACCCCCCCUCCCCCUUCCCUCUUCCUUCCCCCUUUCCCUUCGUCCCUCCAGCUCGCUCUGUGCCUAAUCUGCAUUUCAGAACAAAAAAAGUGAAUUUUGUCCUAAAUCAAAAGGCUUUAAUAGUGAUUGUAAGACAGUAUUUUGAUACACAAUAAAGUAUUUUUUCUGUCAGUCUAA